AUGGAUGUCAAUCUGAAAUGGCUCGUAGGUGAUAAAAAUGACAAUGAUUGGACGCUGGCCAUUUAUAUUCUCGGCGGAAUUCUAAGUUCUAUCGUCGUCUGUGUGGUGGCCUUUUUUAUCACACGCAAGUGUGGAUGUCAAGAUCGGACUGCAGCGGAUAGGAGGCGAAGGGAUAGAAAUCGAAACCGUGAAGGAAACGAUGAGGAAAACCCGGAAAACAUACGAAUGAUCGAACACCGGCGUUAUGUACAUGCACAGCAAGAUCCUAAUAUGUGGGCACGUCCUGUCGUUGUUGCCGUUGGGGAUGCAGUUGGGGCUGCAGUUGCUUGA